UUUUGUGGUUCAUUAGCAGUUUUCUCAGUCUUAUUGUUUAUUACAGGCAUUUUUUUUAAUCAUUGUGCUAUUUUCUUCUGCAUACUGCCUUUAAGGUUGGUAGUAAUGCUUGGAUUAAACACUACUUUCAUUUAAAAUUUGGUGAUUGUUUGAAAUUGCUUUAAAAAGGGUUGUCUGUGAGUGAAGUAGUGAUGGACGCACCAUUAAGUGCCCUGGAUCCCAGUUGAGGUGUGAACAUGACUACAAAGCCUGUAGCAGCAGCAUCAGCAGGGAAAAAAAGAAAACUUGUCAAUGUUGUUUUGUUGAAUGGGGACCAACAUGUUGUUCAUGUUGAUGUCAAAUCCAAAUUUCAAGAAGUUUUCAAUCAAGUUGCUGGACACCUGAGUCUGAGAGAAACUGAAUACUUUGGGCUUGCUUUCAAGAAAGACAAUGAAUACAACUUUAUACUGCUGGAUGAGAAAAUACACAAGUUAGCUCCCAAACAAUGGAAAUCUGGCAAUGGGGAGGGUGUGGAUAGUGAAGGGAAACCUUUAAUCACUGUUUGGUUUAGAGUGCAGUUUUAUGUUGAUCAAGUUAUUUUGUUAAGAGAGAAGGUGACAAGACAUCAGUAUUACUUACAACUCAAAGACAAUGUGCUCCAAUACAAUCACUUGUACAAUGAGGAGAAGUGUUUUCAACUUGCAGGAUAUGCCUUACAAGCAGACCAUGGAAAUUAUCUCCCUGAAAGACACGAGAUGGGAUAUUUUAACCCUAUCCUGUAUUUUCCUUACUGGAUGGUUGAGAGACAUGGAGCCACUUAUCUGGCAAGCAAUAUGCCUACUAUUCACAAGGACUUGCACAACAUGACAAGAAAUGAUGCAGAGCUACGCUACAUCAGAAAUGCUUCCACGCCUCCUGGUGCCCACAACCUACAUUUUUACACUGUUCGGAAACGGAAAACUGACAAGGCUGUCAAUACAUGGUUGGCAAUUUGUGCUAAGGGAGUUGAGGUUUAUGAAGAUGAUGCUGGCUAUAAAAAUCACAUAUCAACAUUCUUGUGGCGAGAUAUUGGGAAAUUAUAUUUUGAUAAAAAGAAAUUUGAGAUCCGCUCAAUCCAAAGUGCAGGUGGAAGAAGGUUUAUUUACUACACAGACUGCGACAUCAAGUCCAAAUAUUUGCUUAGCAUUUGUCGUGGCACACAUAUGUUUCAAAUGGCCAUUCAACCUAAACUACUAGAAAUUCAACAUUUGGAUAAUGAAGAUCAAAAGAGGUACAGGGAGUCUUAUGUUUACAGUGACUCCAGAGACAGGAGCCACUUCCAGCAUAGUCCCAGCAAGUCCCUUAGUGCUACAGGUCUAAGCAGCAAUCAGAGGUUCUCUGUGAUAAGUGAUGCCAGCUCUAACACUACCAGUGGUAUUGUUAGUGAUAGGAUGGCUGUCAGUUUUGAUGAUGGAGAUGAUCACAGCAGAGAAAUCAUGAUAGACUGCCCACCAAGAGCUGUUUUAUCUAACACACCUAGCCAGAUCAAGUCAAAAUUUCAACUUUUUUCAGCAGGCUUUAAGCAGAGUCCACAGAGCAACAAAACUAGUCCAAGCCAAAUCCCCCACUGCCUUGAAUUAGGUAAAUCAGAGAACAUAAACCCUUCACCUCAAGAGCUCUCGCCCACCAGUAGCAAUGGCAGCUGGCGUGCCAGACACUCGCAGACUCCUGUUUACCUGAUUGGUGCAACUGGCCCAACUCAAACCACCCCAACCAAUGACAGCCAUUCUUACACGGGGCUGAGGAGGAGCGGUGGCAGGAAGGACAGUUUCAGCAAGCUGCUGCAGGGGUCAUUGCUGAGUUCAGGGGACAGAAACACAUCAGGGGACAGUGCAGUGUCUGUGUCUGGCAUUUUGACAGGCCCUGAUAAGUUAGCUCCCUUGUCUCUACCUCCAUCAGAACACUGGGCCCUGACAGGACCUGUGACUCAAGGGACAGCGGGAAAGAGUGGGGUGGGGGCUAGUGGUUCCCCAAGUUUUGCAUUAACCCCAAGUUCAGUUCAGAAAACAUCUGGUCCCUCCCCUCCCAGUACACUCAACUUCUCAUCUCUGAAAUCAACUAAAGAAACUGGUACAACUGUUUACAACAAAGACACUACAGAGCAAUACAAAAUCAUAGGCACCCAAAGGGAGAUCAGUUCACAGUAUAAACAACUCAACCCACCUCCUGAUUAUAAUGAAAAAUACAAAUCUUUAAGCUCACCAAGGGCUAACAUUUCAGAGCAUUAUGGUAAUGCCAAGUCUUUCGGCUCCCCCAGAACUCUCACUGAGCAACAGUUCAAAGUUCAGAGCACAGAUGUGUACAAAACCCUAGGUUCACCCAGGGAUGUUGCACAUGAUGUGUUCAAACUACCCCUGGCUCAUAGAGCGCCGCCAGAAUAUAAACCGACUGUGAGCAGUCCCAGAGCUGAUAUUUAUUCUACCCAAACCACCCAAGUGUUGCAACCUGAGAUACACACCAACGAGUUACUUCUGGAUGCUCAGCCAACAAAAGAUAGUCACAACCCCAGCCUCAGUCAGCCUGUACAGGGGGCCCGGAGAGGGGCCACGGAGCAUUAUCUGCUGGCUCUACAGCAGGGGGCAGUACAUCUGAUGGAACAGCAGGCAAAAGGUGAACAAAAGACACCUUUGAACAGUCUGGCUCAACUACAGGAACAUUAUCAGAACAUUUCUAGCCACCACCAGCAGGCACAGGAACAGCAGCCACCUGAGUACCACCUCUUUAAUGCUAAACCCAAGGAAGUCCUCUCCAAUCAGCCUUCUACAGAAGCAAGUAUGACACAAGAAAUGGAAGAAAACAAAGAGAACCUUUGCAACAAGGACAUGGAGAUGAAAGAGAAAGUGGAGGACAGUGUUGGCACUCAACCUGGACAUAACAAGGGCAGUCUGCAUCCUGAGCUGAAGCAAAUCCUUGGUCAGUCCCAUGCCAUUUCUCUACCUCUCAUUACAGCUUUAUGUAAUGAUUCCUCCCUGAUGCAGACCUCCCGCUCUCAGUCUGGGUCUAGAUCUUCUUAUGAUACAUCAACUGUGAGAUCAACAGAUUCUCGUUUGACCCGCCUCUCACACGAAACAGAUCCUCGUCGGUGGUCGUCAUGUUGUCAGGCCGCAGGGAUGCCAGACAUGAUGCUGUCUGUCCAGUCAGCGCGGCCGUACAGCUGGCACAGUGAACACUUUGAACUGGACACACAGCUGGCCCUGCCAGCAACUGACCACCUGACCCAGAUCACCCCGCCCAACCCAAGGGCAGUCAACAACAAACAUCUCAAAAUAUUAGACAGUCAGAAUUCUCUGCCCCAGAAAAUGAUAGAAUCUGACCCCGGGCCUUCAUCCCCACGCAUCAUUUCUCGAUACGACGGGACAUCCUGGUGGGACACACCCAUGUACACAGCUAACAUCAACUCCUCGUCUUGGACUGAGGUAAUCCCCUACAACUUACCUGCUCACCACCCUCCCAGCAAACACACAAACUCCAGCAGCCAGCACCACCAACACAUGGUUCCACACAAGCUGAGUAGUGGGGGACACAGGGACAGCGACACCAGCAUAGCACACAAGCAGAUGAUGAAAGAAAAUAUUGGGAUAGCCUGAACUGACCAUAGUAUUGACCACAGAGAUACUAGCAUUGCUCUCAAGCAGAUGAUGAAAGAAAAUAUUGAGAUUG